CUGUUUUUAUUUUUAUUUUCAUUUUCAUUCUCUCCUUUCUUACAUAUUUCUUUAUAUCAUGUUCAUCUCUUCUGUCUUAAGAUUUUUUCGUUUUCUGCAUGUUUACCUUCUACGCUAUCUACCUUCUUAACAUUCUACCAACCUUUAUUUCGUUUAGGUGUUUCUUGCGACUCCUGCGAGAGGGACAACUUUAGAGGACGAAGAUAUAAGUGCUUAGUAUGCUUCGAUUUUGACCUUUGCUCUCGAUGUUAUGAGUCAAAAUUUCAUACUGAAUUUCACCGGGCAGAUCACCCGAUGCAGUGCAUAUUGACCAGAUAUGACUAUGGUAGGCAGGAAAAUCAUGAUUCUGUUAUUAUAAUGUUUAAAGCAUAUGCAUGUCCGCUUUGUGAAGAAAACGGAUUCACGGAAAGCAUGUUGCAGGAGCAUAUAACAUCGCACCACGGAGAACAUCACGCGGCCGUGCUGUGCCCCGUUUGUGCUGCAACGCCAAACGCUGAGUUGAAUCGCACCAUCGAAGAUCUCGCCACACACCUUACAGAGGACCAUUUGAGGUAA